AUGUCCGGACGCGGCGGCGGACACAACCCACGAGGUGGACGUGGUGGAAGAGGUGGCAGAGGUGGAGAUCGCGGUCGUGGACGUGGUGGUUCUACCCAAGGCAGGCACGAUCGCAACACAAAGGAUUCCAAGCCCGCGAGGGCUAAAGAGACGGAUGAGCAGAGAGCGGCACGAAAGUCAUACAGCUCAUGGAAGCGCCGCCUUGGUGAGUCGGAAACUGAUCCAACGACCAUGCGACGCCUCUGGGAGGGUGCUUUCGGCAUACUCGAAGCUGGUGACCGAGACUGGCGACAGCAGCUCCCCCAGGACCUUAACGAUGAUUCGGACGAUGAGAGUGGUCAUCGUCACGUCCUCGCCAUUCUGAACUCAAAGGUUGUCGGCUCGGACUACGACACCUUCCUCAGCAACGCCCGCCAUUUCCUACUUACGCUUACGCAUUCCUCACUCCUUCGAUGUCUCGCGGUCGACACCCACGUCGGUUCCAUCUACAACCUCUUUGGCGGUGUCGGUGGACGCACUGCAGUCUCAUAUCUCCAGCGGGUUUGUAAGGCUCUGGUGGCAGCUCGAACAUCCUCGAUAUCUGCCAAGGACCACGAAGCGACGCUUCAUGCGAUGGCGACGGCUCUCUUCGAGCUAUUGAGACGUGAGCGCAGAGCUCGGUUCAACGAUGAGAUCACACCGCUGGUGGACUCCAUCCAGGCUGUGAGCGACCUCUACAAGGCCUUAGUAUCGCCAGAUACCUCAACACGGACAAGCAUUCGUCUCAAUGAUAUUCGAGCCCUGGUAGCUAGAGCUCACGGUCUCCUCGCCGAACCCACUGGUGAAAAUGGGGUUGGAGACGACAACGAUGUUGACGGCCCCGCGUCGUUCUACCCGAGAGACCUCGUAGUGCCCUCAGACCGGUUCGACAACGACAAAAAGGACAUUGGCGACGUGGUAAUCUUCCCGACCCGAGAUGAGAUCAUGAGCGAUGCGAAGGAGUUCCUACCCUAUACCGAUCCUGACCAACCACACUUCCUUGAGGAUCGUGUGCAACGCCACAUCGAUACCUACUUCCGCCUCCUGCGCCACGAUAUCUUUGGUAAGCUGAAGGGGUCAUUGGCUGGAAUCAUGCACGCGGUAUCUCAAGACUCCAACUUGCUGCUCCACCCCAAUCUCAACCUAGGCGAUAUACGCGCCAAUCAGUACACCAGCGCUCGCGUCAGCUACGUCACGCUCGACAAGCGAAUGGGGUUGCAAGCUCAAAUGGAAUUUUUGCAGCCUGCGAUAGUCCGCAAGAAGAAUGUUAGCCAAAAGGUGAAUUGGUGGGAGGAUUCAAGGCGAUUCGACGAAGGGUCGCUUUUGUCCUUCAUAUGGAUCCAGGACAAUGUCGUUCAACACAUCUUCCUUACUGUCUCAAAUAAGGACACUGAUCCAACAAAGGAGUACAGCUUGACACACCACAAUCAAUUGGCCUACAUGACGGCUAGCCUGGUAACACAAGAUCGAGCGACGGUAAAGAUGCUAAUGCAGGCCAACAUCGGAGUAGCCCGCGGUAUCCUAUUGGAGUUUCCCAAAGUCAUGCCCGCAACCUUUUCGCCCACUUUGGAGAGUCUACAAGCCAUGCAGCGACUCAAUCGUCUACCGUUUCGGCAGUGGAUCGUCCCGGACAAACACAGUGGCCUCCCGUCAGCACGCAAGAUGCACGAAAUUCCUCCACCUCUGUACGCGCGCGCGCCUGGCUUCAAAUUCCCCGUUACCUCUCUCUUGAAGGAUGGAAAUAAAGAAGACUCGUUCUUCAUCGAACCGACAGCAUCAUGUGACGAUCAGGCGUUACUCGACAAGCUGGAAGCCAAGACAGAACUUGAUCGUGGUCAGUGUCGCGCGCUCAUCGCUGCGCUAACUCGGGAGUUUGCCUUCAUCCAGGGGCCCCCAGGGACAGGAAAGAGUUUUCUGGGCCUUCAAAUCAUGAGGAUACUGCUGGAAAUCAAGAAGAAAAGCAAUCUCGGACCUAUACUAAUCGUUUGCUAUACGAACCACGCCUUGGACCAGUUUCUCGAACACCUAAUCGACAUUGGCGUCCACAAGCUCAUCCGUGUCGGCGGUAUGAGCAAGUCCAAGAAGCUUCUUAACCAUAAUCUGCGCACCGUUGGCGAAUCGGAGACGAAGACCAAGUCCGAGAAGUAUAUGGCGGCGAUGAACUACAAGGAUCUGGAUCAGAAUGAGAAGGAGGCCAAGAUGCUCUUUGGUGGUCUUCAUGGCUUGUCGAAACGUCCGGACUGGCACAAGCUUAAAGGUUUUAUUCAAGAGGAACAUCCGAAGAUCUACAAUCAGUUCCGUUCCGUCGAUGACGAGGGCUUCAAGACAGCUGGCCGCCAUCCAUUCGAUGUAUGGAUCGCCGGUACUGAGGCCUAUGGCCAAUCUACAUUACCUCAGGGCGCGUUACAGCAAAUAAUUCGCCAGGCGACUACAAACGUGUUUUCGUUGUCAUUCCUUGAAAGGAGUGCGCUUGUCGCCUCCUGGGUCUCACAAGCUCAAGGAAACAAGGUCAGCGAGCUUUUCGAAAUCGUCAAUGGUGCUGCCAAGACCCAACGCCAACUGAGCAAUAUCCAUGAAGAGCGGAACCGACGACUGCUAGAAGAGGCUGACGUCAUUGGGGUCACCACAUCUGGCUUGGCGAAGCGUAUCUCGGUCCUCCAGCAAGUGAAGUGUAAAGUCAUCAUCUGUGAGGAGGCUGGAGAGGUCAUGGAGAGCCACAUGAUCUCCGCGAUGCUUCCCGAUAUCGAACAUCUGAUCCAGAUUGGUGAUCACGAGCAGCUUCGACCCUCUGUCAGCAACUUCCGCGACUUGUCGCUUGAGAGCGAGCGAGGAAAGCUUCAUGCACUGGAUCGGAGUCAGUUCGAGCGACUCUCAAUUGGUGAGCCCGGGCGGCCUCUGAUGCCCGUUGCUCAACUGAACGUACAGCGUCGAAUGCGCCCGCAAAUCUCUUCGCUGAUUCGCGAAACCAUCUACGAUAAGCUCAAGGACCAUCUGUCUACCAUGGAGCUGCCGGAUGUUGUUGGUAUGCGCCGCAAUGUCUUUUGGCUCGACCACACCAACUUCGAAAACGAGAAGGGUGCAGAUGCACACGAUACGAAGUCCAAGUCCAACUUGUGGGAAGUCAAGAUGGUGCAUGCUUUGGUCCGGCAUAUCGUUCGGCAGGGCGUCUACAAGCCUGAUGAUAUCGCAGUUCUGACCCCAUACACUGGCCAGCUUCAGAAGCUCCGCGGCGCUAUGAGUAGCGAUUUUGAGAUCUGCCUCAGUGAUCGCGAUCGAGAAGCGCUUGAGAGGGACGGUUUCGCAGUAGAAGAUGACGAUACAUCGAAGACCUCGGUACCCGCUCACGAGAGUUAUCAGGGUAAGCCGCUAGAAAAGAAGCAGCUGUCGGAACUACUGAGAGUUGCUACGGUCGACAACUUCCAAGGAGAAGAAGCCAAGAUCAUCAUUGUCUCUCUUGUGCGAAGUAACGACCGCCAAAACGUUGGCUUCCUCAAGACGACAAACCGAAUCAAUGUCUUGCUGAGUCGCGCUCAACAUGGAAGACCUGUGGUAGAAAGCAUGGGACCUGCAAUCAUGAUUGCAGUCGCCGAUGUCACGAUGGUACGGAUUGCGGUCUUUGUCAAGCGCCUUGCGAAGUACGUUGCAAACAUACGAAGUGUCCACAAAGACGAGCAGCCAGACAUGAUCAUGAUGUCUCGCUAUGCUGAUGUCAAUCUGAAUGAAUCGCCCAUCGUCGUUCUCGGUUGCGGUCAUUUCUUCACCACCGAAACUUUGGACGGACUAGUCAGCCUCAAAGACGUGUAUAGUGUUGAUGCGAAGACGGGCGCCUUUACCGGGCUGAUUGAGAACGCCGAGCUUUCCGCAUCGAUUCCACAAUGCCCUAAUUGUCGAGAGCCUGUCAAGCAGUAUGUUACUCAGCGCUACAACCGGCUCAUCAACCGAGCUGUCAUCGAUGAGAUGUCCAAGCGCUUCAUCGUCAACGGUCAACAAGACUUGCAGCAACUAGAAGGCCAGCUCAUGGAAGUCAGGAAGGACCUCGAGAAGUCGCGCAUGUCGGUUGUUCCCGAUAAGCCAGUCCAGCUCCGCGGUCAGGAAGCUCACGAGUUCACUAUGCAGUCCAUCAACGACGAGAUCAACAAUCGUGCACGGGAUACGACCAAGUUACUGAACGCAGUCAAGGCUUUCCAGUAUAGAAUGGAUAUUCGACACCAACCGACCUACAAGCUGCACCAGGCGACUGUGCAUAGCAUGACGCGAAGUGAUCCACUGGAAGUUGAGCUCGCAAAGUUGACAAUCGACUCUUCCGAAAAGUCCGCCAAACGCGAUCGCGAUGAACGCAUCACCCUCGGCGGUGGCCUGCUCAAAAUCAAGGUACGCUGUUUAGUGCUUGAGGAGAACUUCGAGAUUAUGCGUACUGUGGAUCAGAAGCAUUUCCAGAGUACCUUGCCUCUCAAAUUUCCCAGUGGUUCACCCGUCGCCAAGACGGAUCAGUUCCUCAAAGACACGAAGACUCUCAUUGAUGACUGCAUACGUGAGAGUCUGCCUAAACUUGCGGUUGAGGCUACACUGUACUAUGGUCGAAUCGCUCAGUUCUUCGGUAGUGCUCAGUCUGGUCAGAACAACGAUCGCGCAAAGGCCAUGGAUUACCGCAACACCGCCAAGGACCUGUUGUCAAAGGCGGACACGCUUUGUGAGAGUUGCUUCAGUGGACGGGAUAACUUGCGACAAGCUGUCGUCGCUGCAUCGAAGAUGCUCAACAAGGAGUUCUACGAGGCAGUAUCCAAGGAAGAAUUGGAGUCUAUCAAAAAGGCCAUGGUCAGCGGACGUGGCGGUAUCGCGACUCACUCUGGGCACUGGUACAAGUUUGUGAACGGCCAUCCAUUCGCCAUUGGAGAAUGCGGCAUGCCCAUGCAACAAGCGCGCUGUCCGGAAUGCGGUCAGCCCGUCGGUGGCCAGAACCAUACUGCCGUCGCUGGAGUAUCACGCGCCAGGGAGAUGGAGGAUUGA